AUGACCCAGCAAAUGCGUGACCUCCAGCAGGCUCAUGGGAAGAAGCUGGUAACGCCUUCCUCCCCAAAUGCAGCAAAGAGGUUGUACAGAAACCUUUCAGGGAAGUUCAAGGUCAACUACACCUCGUUCGAUGAGACAAGCUUGAUGGGGAGAAAUGAAAAGAACAAGCAGCGCAAGUCCUGUGUGAAUUUUCACAGUAAUGAAGCUCUGUUUGAGGCAGUGGAACAGCAGGAUCUUGAUACGGCCCAGAUGCUCUUAAACCUCUAUAGCACAGAGGAGCUGGAUUUAAACACACCCAACAGUGAGGGCUUGAUGCCUCUUGAUAUCGCCAUCAUGACCAACAAUGUACCCAUGGCCAAGAUGCUACUGCAGGCUGGAGCUAAGGAGAGCCCACACUUUGUGAGUUUGGAGAGCCGGGCGUUGCUGACGACGCUGGUGAGAGAGGCUGAGCAGCGUGUGAAUGAGCUGACUGCACAGGUCGUGAAUGAAGCUCCCAAUGCUGACUGCACAGAGAAGGAGAAGCAGCUAAAGGCCUGGGAAUGGCACUACCGGCUCUUCAAACGCAUGAAAGCUGGCUUUGAGCAUGCACGAGCUCCCGAAGCCCCAGCCAACGUCCAGCUGUCUGUUGCAAGCAGCUCCUCUUUGCACCUCACCUUCCAGGAGCCUCUCAGCUUCAACUCUGCUGUGGUCACAAAAUACAAAGUCGAAUGGAGCAGCUCUCCCGACUUCACUGCGGUAACAGGAGAGGCCGUGCUGGAAGAGUUGAAAACUCUACAGCACACGAUCACAGGCCUGGUCACAGGAGUUCCUUACUAUGUCCAGGUAGCAGCCUAUAAUAUGAAAGGCUGGGGUCCAUAUCAAGAUUCCUCUCCUCCAUUUGCAACACCAUCCAACUGGAGGGAGUGCAUUGGCAAAGAAUCCAGAGCCAGGGGACAGACGGAAGCUCUGGACCAACUACUGAACCAGAUUAGGAACACCCACCAGCACUGCAUCUGCCACGAUUCACCCCCAGGCCGAAAGCACUCGAUGUCCAAGAGUUUGAAGCAUCUCUUUCAGCCGACGAGUAAAUUUGUCAAAAAUCUCAAAAGAGGCCUGUACUUGACAGCGAUAUUCUACAAGGGUGAAGACAUCCUGGUGACACAUGAAGACCAGAUUCCAGUGGUGGAUAUGGACGAUUCGUACUCAAGUUCACUAAUGCAGGAUUUCCUUUGGUUUACCAAGGUAUCCUGCAUGUGGGAAGACAGUCGCUGGCUGCGCCAGUGUAUGAGUCCUUCUUUAUCCUCCUGUUCCUCCGUACUCCAGGCCCGCCAUAAGAUGCUCGUGGCAGUCGCUCAGCUUCAGGGGCUACUUGGAACCCAGGACCUUGGUCAAGUAUACUUUGAGCCGAUGAAGGACAAGCAUGGCAAUGUGUUGAUAGUGACCUUGAGGGAGCUCAACUCACACCAAAGCUUGGAGAAUGUCAGAUGGAUCCCGCUUUCAAAGAUACCAAGUCAACGCAAGUCUCUCUCCUCAUCAGAAGAACCCACGGCACUGGACACAUUACUCCUGACACUCCAUGAAAAGCUGGCCUACCACAAGAGGAGCAACCAGUCCCUGACCCCAGGCCUCUACCUCGGCUACCUAAAGCUCUGCAGCUCUGUCGAUCAAAUCCGAGUGCUUGUCCCUCAAAAACUACCCAAUAUCCUCUGUCACAUCAAGAUACGGAGCAAUCCCAAUAUCUCCAGAGAUGAGUGGGAAUGGCUGCUGAACCUGACCGACCUGGAAGAAGCCACUCUGGCUGAACCUAGUCCUGAAGAUACCCAGAACAUCUUUCAGCAAGAACUCAGGAUAUCCAUUACAGAACUGAUGAAUCAGAUCGGAAUUCCGCUCUACCAGGCCAGAGAGUUCCGUCUGUACAGUCAGGAGGUUUUGGAGUUUGGGGACAAAGUGUCAUUUCUCCUUCUUCUGCCGCCCUCGGAUGAUGUGUGCACAGCUCCUGGACAGAACAACCCCAACCCGCACUCCGGCUUCCUCACAUUGCCUCUUCAGAUCUUUGAGCUGGUUCACUUUUUUACCUACGAUAAGGCGUUCAUAAGCCAGUAUUGUCAAGUGUCAGCACUGUUGGAGCUAGACUCCCUCCUCUCACAGCAAGCUCUGAGGGAAGCAUUCUCAGACUCCGAGGUCGUGGAAGCCAAGCAGAAGCACCAACAAGUGCAAGACUUCAUGCAGCAAAUGGAAGAGAUUUGGCGGGAGAUGCGUUGGAUAAUGGAUGUUCUGCAAUAUGCAAGGUACAAACAGCCUCCCGGUGGGAUCCCUUUGACCUGGCUGAUGUAUUUUACCAAAAGUAUGAGCAAAGAUGGGGCACAGUCCACUUUGUGCAACCCAGAUUACCUGCUCUCCCCAACUCCAUCGCCAGAGCCUGGUCGGAAACAGAAUUCUGAUUCUCAUGGGAUAUCAGAUGAAGACGGUUCCUCAGAGGUAUUUUUGGCAACAGACAGUGAUUAUGACUCCAGUAGAGCUCAGAGUCCCAAAGAGCUGGACCUCAUCUACUCAGCAGUGCCCGAUUGCAGCAGAAGACCCAAUCACAUCCUGCGUGACAGCGCUCCCGAUGUCCUUCGAGCUUAUGAAUUCAGAUCGCCGAUUGCCAGCAGCAAUCAAGAGGGCCCAAGGCAUCCGACAAUCUAUGACAGUGAUUUUGUCCUUCCCAGCAGACAGCUGGAACUAUUGCAUAUCACAGAAAAAAGACAAGCCUAUUGUGUCCGAACGAAGAAAGUGCUGGUCUCGACCUGA